UUAAUAACAGAAGUCCCUGCACUUGAACUUUUCUCUAAAAAACAAACAAAUUGGAAUAAUUCUCCAUUAAGCAUCAUUUGACACCCCAGAAGGGGGUCAACUCUCGGAUAAAGGUCACCUAAUCAUUGUCAUAUCAAAGCUCAUCGCACCACGGUGACGGAUUGUCAUUAUGCUGUGCUCCAAUGGUUUUCGGAGGUUCGGCUGAAGCAAAUUCUCUGGUACAGAAUAUGCCUCUGUAAUUGCAAAAGAAUGACGGAUGUCAACGAAUUGAAUUGUCGACAGGGUUUGAAUAUUAGGAUUGAAUAGAACGACGAAACCAAUAUGAUGGAAUUUUUAAAUGCCUCAAUGGAUACACCAACUGACAAUUUGUAUCUGGCCUUAAUCCAGUGCUUUGCAAUUAUAGUAUGCGGGUACAACGCUGGGAGACUGGAAAUAAUCACGAGAGCAGAGGCGAACGGUCUCAUCACCUUUGUCGGCAUAUUCGCACUGCCCUCACUGAUAUUCUCAUCACUAACAAGACUCGACUUCUCAGUAGUAAACUGCAAUUUCCUGCUGGCAGUGAUGAUUGCCAAAGGAUGCGUGUUCUUUGUAGUUCUCCUUGUGUCUCUCAGGAUAACGAAGCCCACGAAUCCUGGACGUGCAGCAGUGUUCGCUAUCUUCACAACCCAGAGUAAUGACUUCGCCAUUGGCUACCCCAUGAUCGGAGCACUCUACAGCCAGAUACAUCCAGAAUACUCAGCAUAUCUCUACCUGAUGACUCCCAUAUCUCUGGCUAUUCUCAAUCCAAUCGGUUUCGUAUUAUUGGAGAUUGGCAAACAAAGGACUGCAAGUGAUCAACAGUCAGGAUGGACUUUGGUGGGUUCAGUGAUGAAGGGAGUGGCCCUCAACCCCAUCCUCUUCAUGGCGGUUCUGGGGAUCAUCGGAAAUUUCGUCUUCAGUCACUCAGUCCCGACCAGUCUAUCAGCCAUCCUCAAAGUAUUUGGAAAUGCAUUCUCAGCCAGUGCCCUAUUCCUCCUUGGAAAUUCUGUCGAAAAACGCUUUUUUUAA